ACCCCCCCUUUCUUUCUGGAGCAGCCGGGCCUCCGCGAGCGGGUCCCUUGAAACGGUGUAAUUGAGAUGAUGUUAGUUGCACAAAGAAAAAGUCAGACAGUCGUUUAACGCAGCGAGUGAGUGCGUGGAGCUGGUCAGCAGCGUGGACUCCUCUUAAGUUUCCUUCUCCACCUCUCCUCAGGAUUUUCUUCUGCAAAAACAAAAAAAAAAGAAAACGAGCUACCAGAUGUUGCAGAAUUGACUGAGACUUCGGAGGACUCUUGUGAUUUAAAAAAAAUAUUAUUUUUAAGAAAACCAAUUGGAGUCUCUGUUUGGAGAGAUGCGUUUGAACGUGUUGCUGGGCGGACUGUUGAGUGUGGUGUGGCCGCUCUUGUGCGGUUCUGGGAGAGUGAAGGGGCAAUACCAGGGGGAGAGGGGCAUCUCGAUCCCGGACCAUGGCUUCUGCCAGCCCAUCUCCAUCCCUCUGUGCACCGACAUUGCCUACAACCAGACCAUCAUGCCCAACCUGCUGGGGCACACCAACCAGGAGGACGCGGGGCUGGAAGUGCACCAGUUCUAUCCGCUGGUCAAGGUGCAGUGCUCCCCCGAGCUCAAGUUCUUCUUGUGUUCCAUGUACGCGCCGGUGUGCACGGUGCUGGAGCAGGCCAUCCCGCCGUGCCGCUCGAUCUGCGAGCGGGCGAGGCAAGGCUGCGAGGCGCUGAUGAACAAAUUCGGCUUCCAGUGGCCGGAGCGGCUGCGGUGCGAGAACUUCCCGGUGCACGGCACCGAGCAACUGUGCGUGGGCCAGAACCACUCGGAGGAAGGAGGUGGAGGAGGAGGAGCGGCCGGAGGUGCCCUAGUCACUAGCCUGCCCACCCUGAGCAUCAAGGAGCUGGGCACCCCGAGGCCCCCCCGCUCCGACCGCCAGCAGCCCUUCCACUGCCCGCGGGCCCUCAAGGUCCCCUCGUAUCUCAACUACCAGUUCCUGGGCGAGAAGGAGUGCGGCGCGCCGUGCGAACCCUCCCGCGCCGACGGCUACAUGUUCUUCAACGACGAGGAGAUCCGCUUCGCCCGCAUCUGGAUCCUCAUCUGGUCCAGCCUGUGCUGCGCGUCCACCCUGUUCACGGUCACCACUUACCUGGUGGACAUGCAGCGGUUCCGCUACCCGGAGAGGCCCAUCAUCUUCCUGUCGGGCUGUUACACCAUGGUGUCCAUCGCCUACAUCGCGGGAUUCGUGCUGGGCAACCGGGUGGUCUGCAACGACAAGUUCUCCGAGGACAGCUACAAGACGGUGGUCCAGGGCACCAAGAAGGAGGGCUGCACCAUCCUCUUCAUGAUGCUCUACUUCUUCAGCAUGGCCAGCUCCAUCUGGUGGGUCAUCCUGUCCCUCACCUGGUUCCUGGCGGCGGGGAUGAAAUGGGGUCACGAAGCUAUCGAGGCCAACUCUCAGUACUUCCACUUGGCGGCCUGGGCCGUGCCGGCGGUCAAGACCAUCACCAUCCUGGCCAUGGGGCAGAUCGACGGCGACCUGCUGAGCGGGGUCUGCUUCGUGGGCCUCAACAGCCUGGACCCGCUCAGGGGCUUCGUCUUGGCCCCGCUCUUCGUCUACCUCUUCAUCGGCACCUCCUUCCUGCUGGCCGGCUUCGUCUCGCUCUUCCGCAUCCGGACCAUCAUGAAACACGACGGCACCAAGACGGAGAAACUGGAGAAGCUGAUGGUGAGGAUCGGGGUCUUCAGCGUGCUCUACACCGUGCCCGCCACCAUCGUCAUCGCCUGCUACUUCUACGAGCAAGCGUUCAGGGAGCAGUGGGAGAGGAGCUGGGUUAGUCAGACUUGCAAAAGCUACGCCAUCCCCUGCCCCCUCCACUACUACCCCAGAAUGACCCCGGACUUUACGGUUUACAUGAUCAAAUAUCUCAUGACCCUUAUCGUGGGCAUCACCUCGGGCUUUUGGAUCUGGUCGGGCAAGACCUUACACUCGUGGCGCAAAUUCUACACUCGGCUCACCAACAGCAAACACGGUGAGACCACCGUGUGAGAGAGCGGGACUGAACUGAACACGGGACUCUCUUUCUUGUUUUCUCUCUACUUUUUUUAAGAAGAAACGCAAAGUUUUACUUAACGUUUGCAUUAGGAUAAUUUCCCAAGGUGUAAUAAAACCUGUAAAUAGCAUUUGUAAAAAAAUUUAAUUAUAUAUUUGUAUUUAAAAAACAUCCUACUUGAGAAUUUUUUUUGUUUCAGUGGAUUUCCAGGGGCGAAACAAAACCAAGGAGUGAGACUUGAAACACUUUUUUUAUUAUUUGGCUCAACGGAACUCUUUUGAAUUUGUCUAAGGUAAAUCGUUGAGGUGAUGUAGAAAUCACGGAGUUAGUCAGAUGACCAAGCAUUGAAUCUAUUGAAACUUGUUGCCCAGUUCUCUCUGCCCCGAAAUCGAACUGUUUUUUUUCCCUCAACAACUGCAGGGAGCUUGCAACAAAACUUAUUAUUUUUGCAGAUUCCCCCCUUUCUAAAAAAACAGCUUCGUGUUUAAUGUCGAGGUUGGUUUCGAAGUUUAUGCUCCUGAGGAACUAAAAGUUGAGGCACAUAGUUUUUCUUCUUUGUUUUGAGCAGUCCCAGACCAUUUUUAGAUCGUAGAAUUCUUGAAAAGAUGCACUGACACGCACAAGUGUCUUCCUUUUUAAAUUGUGCACACGUUCGCUUCAAUCAGUGAACACUAUGCAUUUCUUUUAAAUCGUUGUUCAGGCUGGGUGUGUUCAUAGUUUCGUAUUCGAUCAUUCUUUAUCAUUAUAGAUCAGUAGAAUUGUUUCAAUAUUCAGCAUUUUUUUCAGCUCCCGAUGUUAAAUAAAGUUCCUUUUUUUGUACAAAAUCAGGAGUUAUAUGACCUUCUUACUCUGGGAGUAAGUGGACAUCUCCGAACUCUUGGUAAAAUUCAUUAUAUUUCCCCAUUUCUCUGCAAUUUCUUUUUUCCUUUCCCCAAGGGUGAGCAGGUCUCGGUUGGGAUCCUACUAUCGGGUUCCUUACCACCUAAGGGUUUUGUGUGGGGCCUCUGUCAUUUUUCGAUUUCCUUAGCUGUAAGCCAUCUUGAAAAGGACACUUGAGAUUAAAGUGCUGUUAUGAACUGACCUCAGACUUUAUCCACCCCAGCCCAACACUGGCACCUCCGCAUCAUGAACUAACCACUGUCAUUUAUAACUUUUUUAAAGUUUUCCACCAAGCCCCCAAAGGCACGAAUGGCAGUUUUUUUUAAAGUCGUAAGCUGAUGUGACCCCUGUGGGACAAUUUAUUGCUCUUUGUUUGGGGAGUGCAGGGUAUCCCUUUAGAAAUAUCUUUUAUUUUAAAUCUGCCUCGGUGAGUAUUCUGUUAAAAGUAGUUGUCUUUUUGUUCCCUUUCUCUUUCAAGUGUGAGUGCAGACAUUUGUGAUUCAGUCAAACAACUUGACAUGGAACAUGAAGUUUUCUGGAUUGGAUCUGCAUGGCCUUAAUCCUCUCUUGCCAGGGCACCUCAGAAGCAGAGGGGCAGUUUGUUAAACUGCUUUCCCUGCAAUCUUUUCUUCUUAAGAAACUCAAAUAUCAUUGACCAUCUUUCAACAUUUUUUUUAAAAUCAGACUCCUGAUGAAAUUCUACGUUCAUCAAUCAACCAUCCCCCCGCCCCCCCACCCUUCCAGCACACAAUCCCCCAAAAAAGUUCCUUUUGUUUUAGUUGCUAAAUUUUACUUAUCACUUCUCACGUUUCCACAAUGUUUGCAAGCUUUUAGUCCAACUUCAGACCAAAUAUUUUAUUAAAUCCACCCCAAUCCAUUUUGUUCUGGGUACUGCGACCAGUGGAAUUAAGAAAAAUAACUUUUUUAGCUUUGUUUCCUCGUCCCUUGUGACUGACUGGCUCAUACCUUUUAAAGGAAUUCCAUUGUCUUGCAAGGAAUGCUUGAAUCCAUUUGAGACUGAGAAGUAAUUUUUUUAAAUUAACAAAAUAUCCCUUUAAACAUGUGCCUGUAUCUCCCCGCCAAACACCCCCCACCCCACCCAAUUCAAUAAACAAAUUAGUUACAAGCACUAAGGUAUACUUCAUUCCACAACUGGAAUUAGGUCUUGGUAACAUGUAUAAAACGGACUUAAAUAGUGGAACUUGCCCUCCCAAAUGGCUAGUAGAAGUGAUUUAAAAAUAAUCUUUCUGCAAAAACAGCCUAGCCUAAAUGUGUCUUUUUAGCUUAGGUGGUUCUGUUAAGAUGCAACAUUUGCAUGGUUCUUGUAUCGUCAAAUUCAAGAUGACUGGUACAACAACAUCUGUUUUCCUGCUUGGUGACACUGAGUGGCAUUCCAAACUUUCUCAUCUCUUUUUAUCUGCUUUUCAAAGAAUAGUACCUUUUAAUACAAGAGAGAAUACCUUUAAAGGAUCAAUUUAAGUCUUGUUCUUCAUAUGGUGUGUUGUUUAAAGGUCAGAUCUGUACCCCAGAGCAAUUCUGCAAAAUCUGAGGCAAGGUUUAGGGCUGAAUAGUAACUGACUUCUCUCUUGACCUCAUCUAAUUCAAUGAAUGAGGAAUUCCAGAACAUCAGGAAAAAUGUGUUUUUGUACACGAAGUGAAUCCAACAGAGAACUUUCAGUGCAAGUUUCAGUCCCUACCAAUUAAAGACAAAUCUUUUGUUCAAUCUGGGAAGUCAGUUUUCCCCCUGUAUCUAAUGGAACCGAGACUUUAUAUCCAUUCAUUAAAGCACUCCUAUUCCUUGGCAUGUUGACUUCAGCAGUGUGGUGUUGCAAAUAUGUGAUUCUGAUAUCCACUUUUCUUUGCAUCAUGCCUAUUUUUCUUUCAAGAAAGGGAAAUUUGUUUUUUUUUUCUUCCUAUUUCUGUACUUGUCAUAACAUAUUAUGUCUUACAUGUGUUACCUUUACAAGAAAAUAGUUUUGUGUACCAUACAAUCAGAAUUAUGCUGAACCCACUUACCUUUCUCACAGAAUUGCUUUGUCUUCAGUUAAGCUGUUGGGCUAAUCAAAUGUUGCCCAUUACAUUUCAGCACACCAGCAUUCUCUGUGCUGUGGUUCUGGUCAGUUUUUUAAAAUGUUUGGAUGGAUCCCUUUUCUAUGGAAUACUUUCUUUUUAAACCAAAUAUGAGAUGCCUAUUCCUUGAUCAUUUAAAAAUGGUUGCUUGUUUUAUCUCAACAUUUUUCUUCUGAUGAAAUUUGACAGUCUGACUUCACCAUUCUUCAGAUUGGUUAACCUUUGAUAAAAGUGGCCUGUGGCAAUUUGCACUUUUUCUUUUGCAAUACUUUGUUGAAAUACCUCAAAAACCAACUUCUGGCUAACCCCUUUCCACAGGAGUGUUUCUGUGAAUGUUAUUGAUUUCAAGUUUCUCAGCUGUCUGGAUUUCAAGGUCAAAUAUACUCAAGUAAAUUUCAAGGACCCUUUUCAGGGUGGAGAAAAAAAAUUCGCUUCUAAUGGAACAAGGUCGUCCUAAGACUGUAUUCCUGCCCGCAUUCUAUGACCCUAUCUGGAAAGUAUGGAUCUACCAGGAGGUCGGGAAAGAAAUCAGGCUGUCCUGUUAUCUUCAAUCAGAAUCCUGUGUCAAACCUGGCUAUUCAAAGAAGGAACCAGAAUACUUAAACCCCAUGGAACUAUUCUUCUGCAUAAGGCAAUAACUUGAGCAAAGAAGAACAGUGAGUAGAGGCAGACAACAUGGAAAAAGACCCUUCGGCCCAAUCAGCCCACACCACCAUGUUAUAUGAAACUAGACUCACCUGUUUCCGCUUGACUCAUGUCCCACCAAAUCUUUCAUUCAUGAAAUUAUCCAAACGUCUUUUAAAUGUUGUAGCUGCAUGAACACUUGCCCUGGCAGUUCAUUCCACACACAAAGUACUCCCUGUGUAAAGAAGUUGCCCGCUGUGUCAUUUUUAAAAACUUUCUCCUCUCGUUUUAAUAUGCCCCCUAGUUUUGAACUUUCCUGCCCUCGGCGUUCACUUUAUCUAUGCCCCCCAAGAUGGUCAUCCCUCAAGUAGAUAAACAUCUACUGUGUGUGCCUCCAUUUAAGAAUCCAGUAAUCAGAGAAUAAUGAAAGACAGUUACUGCUAUCAUAACACGGGGACAAAGGUAGUCAUAUCACAACCAGGAUCUAGCACAGUUUUUAAAGUCCCCCUAUAUAGAGUAAAACAUUGAUCCAGGAGGAUUUGUACCUCUUAUCAAUAUUGCUGAAAUCUUCUACAUGUUCAGUUUUGAGCCACAGUUGUGAUACAGGAUAGGACUGUGCCAGAUGCUGUUAACAAUACGUCAGCUUUGAGCACUCUGUUUUUCAAGGCACUUAUGACAACAGACCUGUUUAAACCGCAAGCGUGGAAGUAAGUGUCUACAGGAAUGCAGGGAUAAAAUUAAACUGACAAAUUUGUUCUUUACUCUGUUACUCAUUCUGGUUAAAUAUGUACCUGAAGUUUGGUGAAAGUCACAAACUAUUACUCCAUGGAUGCUUGUUCUGCUUUGAAAGCAUUUUUUUAAACAAAAAUAAAAUCCCCAAAUUAAGCAAUCAUGUAAUUCCUUCAAAUGGGCCAUUUUAACACAUUAUUAGAAUGAAGGACUUGUGGUUACAAAUGUCACACUUAAAGGCUUUUAGCUUUCAUCUAGUAAAUCUAAAACAGAAUUUUUUUGAAGUGAUGCUGUGCUCCAUGCUUAACUAAUGGAAUUUUUUUAAGUGGAUCCAGAUACAUACAAAUUGUGGAAAAUAAGCUACAGUAUCUGCGUAAGGAGACUCAGUUGUAGCCAAACAUUUUUGCAAAUGGUUUCCUUUGGUUGUUAAAGAGAGUGUUUAGCCACUGUGCCAGAUUUACAUUUGCCUGCCCCUGUGGCUGUCAGCAACUGGUUGCAUUCCAACAGCUGAGAUCUGAAGGCUCAAGGAUUACAGAUUUUAAAAUAGAAACUCAUUAGUUUUGUUACUAUUUCCACUAUAGCAGAGCACAAUCCUCAUUAUAGAAGGUGGUAGGUAGAUGUCAGGUAAAACACCAGUGGGUGGCAGUGUAACGAGGCUCUAUUCGCAAAUAGUUUUAAAAAUAGAAUUUUAUUUUUCCCACUUUGAUAGAAUACAUUAAUUGCUAUCAUUACAACUAUCCAGCAGUGCAAUUCUCAGUGACUGCUGUAUUAUUCAGUGUUUUAGAUUACAGGUGGAAUAUUAAUUCAAGGUUGCCUUAAAUUUGGUUUAAAAUCCCAUGGGCAGUAUUGAAAGAAUAGAUUUCUCUCAGUAUCCUGCCCAACACCUCCUUUCAAUGACACCCCGAUGCAUUGACUACUUGUUUACAAUGCAUUUCUGUUGGUAAGAUGUUUCAAACACAAAAUGGUAUUCAAUUUCCUUAUAUAAAAGGUGCUGCACUCCAAAAGGUAAUUAAUUAGGUCUAGAUGCGAGGUACGCAAAACUAAUAAAACUGAACGAUAUACGUACAGCUGCCCCCACCUAUCAUUGCCCCAUUUCUCGCUACCUGUCAUACCUCUAUUUGCAUAACUUCCUGUGGUGGGCCUUUCUUUUCAUAGAUUUAUCACCAUAGAAUCCCUACAGUGUGGAGGUAGGUAAUUGGUCCGUCGAGUCCACGCCAACCUCCGAAGUCCCAUACCUUAUUCCCAUAACCUUGCAUUUCCUAUGGCCAAUCCAUCUAAUCUGUACACCUUUGGCCUGUGGGAGGAAACCACAGCACCAAGAGGGUACCCACAUGGGGAGAUUGUGCAAACUCCACACAGACAGUUGCCCAAGGGUGGAAUUGAACCCAGGUCCCUUGCACUCUGAGGCAGCAAUGCUAACCGCUGAAUCACCGUGCCAUCCCAUUUCAUUCCAAUUAUUGCUUCUUUUCUGUUGCUACUCUAUUUCAAUUUUGGCCCCAGCUCUACGUAUCAAAAAGUGUGUCAUGUCAAUUAAUUUUCUUUUGAAAACAGUAAAUCUGAAAAUGUGACAUGAACCACUUUUUGUUUCCUGGCUGUAUGGUAGAAAUACUACAAAUAUAACUUUUAUGUGAUAAACCAUAGGUGUUUGCAAUGCUACCAAAUAGAAAAGGCAUCGGGGUUUUGAAUUUAAUCCAAGUUGAAACAGGCAAACACGCUUUGAUUUUAAUUUUUGUUUUCUUCUCAUAAUGCCCUCAUUCUCUCUCCCCAAAAAAUUGAAUCCUUGAGUUAUAAUCCAUUGAAACCAGGCAAUCUCUGGUCAUUCAUCAAUCAGAUCCAUCAAGGAGUGGCAUUGCUACAGCAUGUGAAACAUCACCCCUGGAGCUUCUUGUGGAGAUAUUCGUGUCACUUUCCUCGUCCUCAGCAGCGGGUGUUCGUUGGCAGCAUCAUCCAUGGUUACCAGAUCUAUUGAUGAAACCGCCCCUGGGUCCACAGAUUUUUAACCAACCUGUUUGGACAUGUCACAACUCACAUCUGUGGCAAGUGAGACUCAAAUGUGGACAUUGAGGUCCAGGGAUACAAACAAUCUGAACAUCACUCCUUUGCUUCUACACUGUUAGAUUGACUGUCCAAUGUUUGGUUUUGGAUACACUACCAUCUUCCAUUCAUUACCAGAUAAUUAUCAUAGGAACGUAAGCAGGAGUAAGCCAGCCAGGCCCUUGAGCUUGUUCUUCCAUUGAGUUAGGUCAUGGCUGAUCUAUUAAUCUAAUUCCAUCUCCCUGCCUCGAUUUUAUAACACCUAAAACCCCUGCCUAAGUCUUUAAUUAUCAGUUUCUAAAAUUUUCAAUUGACCCUUCCCAUCCCCAUUCAGUGAACAUACCCUCUCCACCCACCCCCAUUUCCAGCCUUAACAGCUUUACUUAGGGGAAUUUAAGAUUCCUGUUAACCUUGUUGUGAACGAAGACUUUCAGACAUCACUCUUAAAAGGCUACGCUCGUAUUUUAAGGCUUUGUUCCCUAACUGGACUAUCGCAAAAUUGGAAAUGGUGUCUCCUAAUUAAUGCCUUUCACCAUUGUAAAUGCCUCAAUUACAUUAUAUUGUUGAAGAGAAUACAAAUCUAAACGGUAUAGCCUGCCCCCACAACUUACCCUUUUUAGUCCCUUUGGUGAAAAUGCGUUGCACUCCAUGCAAGAGCAAUACAUCUCCCUGAGGUAAGCAGUACUGCAGAGAGUCUGACCAGAGCUACAGUAUAACUUAACUAUAGUCCCAUUGAAAUAAAAGGAUCAAAAUUCCAUUCACCUUUUCACUAUUGUUUGUAGCCAUCCACUAACAUUUAGUGAUUGUGUACACUGAUCCCUAAACCCUUUUCUUUUCCACAGUUCUUAGCUACACACCAUUCCAAAAACACUUUGAUUCACUUUUUUUAGUUCUGAACUGAAAUGACAGGCCAAAUUCCAACAAUAAACCCCAAGUGCUGCAGUUUUGUUCAUCUAAUUUACCAAUGACCCUUUGCAACUUGCUAGAAUGGCAUAAACCAUUUGUAGAACUGAUUACGGCAAUGUUACUGUUCUUUGAUAUUAAACUGAUAUAGCAUUUUUAUGUUAUUCCUGCGUAACAUUCUGAGAUAUGAUUGAUCAAACUCAAGGCAAUGACUGCAACUUGAUUGUCAUUCAAGGCUCAGUGGGUUAUGGCUAUAAUGUUGUUUCCAUGUGUUUCUUAAAAUUUUCUCUGUUUCUCAUUCCGAUCUUCAGACAAGUGGUUUUUGUUUAAGUGUAAUAAAACAGGCAGAUUCAGCCCAUUUCUACCUCACUCAUUUUUAAAGCUGUGCCUAUAUGGUGACUCAGUAGAUUGUUAUACAAUGUAAUUGGCCUGAAAGGGUUAACCUGGAAGCUGUAGAAUAGCUCUAUUGAGUGAUCUGUAAAUGAUUGUUUCAAAAGGACCUCAUUAGUUUUGUUGUCGUUGUCAAUUCUAAAUUCUAUAAACUACAGACAUGUAGCACAGACCGAGUUACUACCUCUUACAUGAUAACAAUGUCUCUUAACUAGCAUUUGUGUAAUUAACCAGUCUCAAGCUUGUGUAACCUGUUAUCUUACUGUUGUAUAAUAAACUAUUUCUUGUUACUGAA